CAUCACUUAGUUUUUAGCUUCGGCGAACUCGCACCUCAAACCAAGACACCACCAAUGACUAAAAUGUUGUUUUUGGGAAUAUUACUUCUGAGCGUAAUGUUGGUGGAUGGCCAUCUACCACAUGAACUGCCGGAUUAUGUGUUACCCGAUUCAGUGCCCUUAAAAGAUGGUGAUUCGUUCGACUACAUCGUGGUAGGCGCGGGCGGCGCAGGUACUCCUGCCGCGGCGCGGCUGGCGCUGUCCGGCGCUAGCGUGCUGCUGGUGGAGGCAGGCGGUGACCCCAACCUGAAUACCAGGAUCCCUGGAUUGUACUCAACGCUACUCGGCUCAGCUCUGGACUGGCAGUACCCAACCGUCACCAAUAACAUGUCAUGUCUCUCAUCUGCGGGCAAACAAUGCCCCUUUGGUCGAGGAAAGUGUCUCGGUGGAUCCACCAGCAUAAAUUUCAUGAUGUAUGUUCGAGGUAAUCACCGAGACUAUAAUGAACUUGGCUUUAACGGCUGGGCCUGGGAGGAUCUCAAGCCCUACUUCUUAAAAUAUGAGGGCUUGCGGGACUUGAACAAGUUACCUUAUACUUCUAUUCCGUACCACAACACCACCGGCACUAUGAAAAUAGGAUUUUUCGCUAAUCCUGAAAACAGUUGGCAUUCAAGGACCAUAAGAGGGUAUAGACACCUCAAUUUUCCUUACAACUAUGAUGUAAACGCUAAGUCACAAAUUGGAAUAUCGCAAGUAAUUGGGUACGUACAUGAAGGUGAGCGCAUGAGCACGGCGAGAGGUUACCUAGCACGCGACGACGUCAAAUCAGCACUGAAAGUGACCAAAAAUACACACUGCACAGGCGUCAUCCUGGACAAACGCAAUAAUGCUAUAGGAAUCAAGGCGGUAGUGAAAGGGAGAACACUUCAACUUUAUGCGAGAAAAGAAGUUAUUAUUUCAGCAGGCACGAUCGGAACUCCGCAGAUCUUAAUGCUCUCUGGCAUAGGACCGAAGGCACAUUUAAAAGAUCUAGGUAUCCCAGUGCGCGCUGAUUUACCUGUAGGCGAUAGCUUAACUGAUCACGUGUUUCCCCAGCUCUACGUAUCAGUAAAUCCUGACACGUCAAUGCCUUCACAAGAUGAAGCCAUGGAAAGGUGGUUGUAUAAUCGCACGGGGCCCCUCGCCUCCAUCGAUAUUACCGACUUAACAGCAUUCCUCAACACACGCUGCUAUGACGUCGUCCAGCGGAAACUUAUUUACAACAGCUCCGACUGUGAAAUAUCUACCAUGCAAUUAGCCAAUUCGUACAUUGGGUUGUAUCAACCAAGUUCCAGCUUGAACGAGGGCAUCGCACAACAGCUCACUGCCGCAAACAAAAACAAGGCCCUAAUUUUUUUUGGCCUCUGGUGCUGCGACCAUUUUCACGCGGCAGUAUUCGUCUUGCCAGCAGGGAUCCUUUACAGAAGCCAUCUAUUUUCCCAAAUUACUUAUCAGACGAGAGGGAUGUCGAUGAGAUGCUGCGCGGUAUAACUAUCGUGGAGCAUUUGAUGGAAACGCCAGAGUAUAAGGCGCGCAAUGCGUCUAUCGUGCACCUAAAGUUGCCUGGUUGUCCGGAGUACGCGAAUGAUCGUGAAGGAUACUGGCGCUGUUACUGCCGGCACAUGACUUCCACAGUGCUGCACGCAGUGGGUACUGCUCGACUGGGCCCGGUGAUGGACCCUCAGCAGCGCGUGCAUGGCGUGAAGCGCCUGCGAGUGGCAGACCUGAGCGUGCUGCCGGAGGUCCCGCGCGGCAACACUGCCGCCGUCGCCAUCGCGAUUGGGGAGCGCGUCGCCGACGUCAUCUUAAAAGAUGCCAAAAAAUGCUAAGGUCCGCUUGCACCAACCACUUACCUCAGGGUUAGCGGGCCGUCAUCUGACAAAUUCCAUAUAAAAUGGUGGGUUAUCCCUGCAUUUUCGUUGGUGAAAGUGGCCCUAAGUGGAUUAAAAGGUUUUUUUUUAAAUACUAAGUCGGUACUAAAAUUAGAUAUUAGGUAAUAAAUAAAAUUUCCAUUUCCUGUUGUAAGUCUGUGUUGAUACUAAAUACUUUAAUUAUAUGCUUGUGCAUAAAUG